AUGGCAACAACUAUCACUUUUAGUUUGACAAAUGAUGAUGAAACGAAACCAAUUUUUGAUAGUCAGCUGGAAGAUCAAUACUUAUUAAGUCCUCCAAAGACAGUUUUCAAACCACUUCCACCAGUUAUAAAACAAACAAUUGAAGCUGAUCGACGACAACAUCGUAUACCAAUAUCGAAAUCAACAUCUGAUUUUCUUACUGUUAAACAGAUAUCAAUUGAUAUACCUGAUGAUGAUUACAGUGUACAUAAUCAAACAACAAUAAACAAAAUAAGAUCACAUGAAAAUCGUAAUCAUUCGAUAUUAUCAUCACGUAGAACACGAUCACCAUCGGAAUUACGUGUUACUUUAUAUUCCGAUGAAAAUAUAAAUGUUCAUGAAAAUUUAACUCAUAGUCAAUUAGAAAUAUCAGAUUCAAAAUAUAAAAAUGGACUUGGUCGUUCCGAUUUAUCACUUGUUGAUAGAAGAAAUUUGAAACAAAAUCGUAUAGAUAUAAUUCGACGUGCUUUACUUGAACGACGUUUUGCUCGUCGAAUACAUUCAACGUAUUCAUCAUCAACAACAUUACGUUCCUUAAGUCGACGUCGUUCAACACAAAAUUUAUAUUUUCGUAGUCGUCGUAAUUUAUAUCAUUUACCACGUAAUUCCAAAUGGCAUAUUGUUCGUCAUCGUUUACAUGAUAUUGCUAUGAUGAGUGAAUCAUAUGCACGAAUGAAAUUACUUGAACAAGAUUUACGUUGGGCAAAUUUACGUGAAAAAAUUCGUAUACAAGUAUUAGAUAUGAGAGAAAUGUCUUUAUUACGUCAACAAGAUGAUGGACUUAUAAUAAAAAAGAAAUCACAUAAAACAAGAUUCGAUUUAAAAGAUAUUCCAAUAGACGAAGUUGUACAUAUUGAACGUGAUGGUCGAGUUUAUUCAAUAAGUACACGUGAUCUUGUUCUAGGUCGAUUACUUUGUGAUGAAGCUAUACAAUUAGAUACAUUUGCUCAAUUGGAUGCUCGACGACAAUUUCAAAUACAACAACAUUUACGUCUACGUGAUUUAUUUCGUGGACCAUCAAGUGCUGAACGAAAGCCAACAAUUUCUUCAUCAAUUUCAUCACUCGUACCAUUAGUUGAUGUAAAUGCCUUUGUCAAUGCCGCUCAAGAUAAGGAUACAGACACAUUACACAAGUAUUUGCUUGCAGGUUUCUCACCAGAUCAACCAGAUCCUUCAACAAAGGCAACAGCAUUGCAUGUAGCUGUUGAAUCAGCUAAUAUACGUGCUAUUCAAAUGUUACUUCAAGCCGGUGCACAAGUUAAUGUAACUGAUGCAAGUUUUUCAACACCACUUCAUAUUGCUGCUUAUAUGGGUAAUGAAGAAAUUGUACAGAUAUUAUUGUCACAUGGUGCUGAUAUGUAUAAACAAGAUAAUACGGGACGAAAUUCUUUUCAUCUAGCUGUAUCUACUGGAAAUAAUCGAUUAAUUCAAAAUUUUAUUUUAACAACUGAUACGGGACAAAAUAUUAUUCAUACACCUGAUGGUCAAAAUUGGACACCAUUAAUGUGUGCUUGUGCUAGUAAUCAUCCAGCGACUUGUGCACUUCUUUUAUCCCAUAAUGCUGAUCUAUGUGCAGUCAAUGAUCGUGGUAUGACAGCAUUUCAUGUAGCUGCUUUUCUUGGUUCACUACCGGUUCUUCAAGAACUUUUAACUUCAUCAUCUAAUGAUGAAAUAAUUGUUAAAGCAAUAAAUCAAGGUGAUAAUAGAAAUCAAACACCAUUAUUUUAUGCUUGUAUUGAAGGUCAUCUUGAGAUAGCAUUAACUUUACUUCGUGCUGGUGCCAAUGCCUAUCAUUUGGAUAACGAUGAUCAAACAUGUUUACAUGCUAUGCUUUCAUCAAGUAUUAUUUUAAAACGACAUAUACGUUUAUUUUAUUAUUUUAUACAAUUUGUUGAUUAUCGUUUAAAUCAAGAUUUUCUUGGACGAACAUUACUUGAUCUUGCUUAUUCAAAUCAAUUAAAUACAAUUAUUCAUCUAUUAAUAUUACUUAAUUAUAAAACAAAUUCUAAUAUUAAUUAUAACAAUAAACAAAUACUUUCACUUCGUCAUAUAUGUAUACUUUAUUUUAAACGUUCAAUUAUUUAUCAUCGCUAUCAACAACAAGCAACCCAACAUGAUUUACUUGAACAUGCUUUACACCAAACAUUUCAAAUAGUAUUACAUAAAGAUUUAACAAAUAUAAAAGAAAAUAAACCAAUAGAAUAUUUCAUAGGUAAAUCAUUAGAUGAUAUUACACUUUUACAACAACAACAACAACAACAAUCUAAUAAACAUCAAAAACAUGGUAAAACAACAAAAAAUCUAGAUAAAAAAAUGAGGAAAACGUCAAGUAUUUUUUCAACAACAUCAACAACUAAUAAAUGGUCAUCACAAACUGAUUUACAACAUACACAUUCAACUUGGUCGGCAUUUACUAAUAAAAUAAAAGGUCAACGAUUAUCUCAUAUAAUAACAAAUCCACAGCAUAUGCCUAUAGAUGAAGAAACAAAUUCAUUACACUUAUCAUCAAUAAAUCCAAUGAAAAAUUUAGCUUUCGAAAUCUUAACAACACCAAGUAAACUUGAUAAUUUACUUGAUUUUCCUUCAUUAAAAAAUGAUUAUUUACUUAAUGAAGAUUUGAAAAUGUCAAUGAGUAAAUAUAAUUUAUUAGGAACUGAUUUAGUAAAUCAAACAUAA